CCUAUCCGAUUCCUUCCUCGUCUUCUUCCUUCCCCUAUGAGUUUACCGUUGCAACAAUGUCUUCGCUUCUUAACCUCCUGAGAUCAUACCGACCCUUUUCUCCAAUUCGUCUCUAUUCUUUUCCCGCUUCUCGACGGCUCUUUUGCUUUGGAACCCAAAUUCAGUUCAAUCCCAGAAAGGGAACUUACGCCCGUCGCUGUUUCACGGCUCUUGCCACGUCUCAGGCGUCGAGAACCGCCGGAGCCGUUGGAAUUUUCGCCGGAAGUGAUUCGACUUCGGAGCUAUGGCUUCACAACACGAUGAGCAGAAAGAAAGAGCUGUUCAAGCCCAAGGUUGAGUCUAAAGUAGGAUUGUACGUCUGCGGCGUCACGGCUUACGAUCUCAGUCACAUCGGCCAUGCGCGCGUGUACGUCACGUUUGACGUCCUCUUCAGGUACCUUAAGCAUCUAGGAUACGAAGUGUGUUAUGUUCGAAAUUUCACCGAUGUUGAUGACAAGAUAAUUGCCCGAGCAAAUGAACUGGGGGAAGAUCCGAUCAGUUUGAGCAGACGAUUCUGUGAGGAAUUCAGCCGAGACAUGAUGCAGCUUCAAUGUUUACCACCUUCUGUUGAACCCCGUGUCUCAGACCAUAUGCCACAAAUCAUUGACAUGAUCAAGCAGAUUCUUGAUAAUGGCUUUGCCUAUAGAGUUGAUGGGGAUGUCUACUUCUCGGUUGAAAAAUUCCCAGAGUACGGAAGAUUAUCUGGGCGAAAAUUAGAAGAUAAUCGUGCAGGUGAGAGAGUUGCAGUUGACUCAAGGAAGAGAAAUCCUGCUGAUUUUGCUCUGUGGAAAACCGCCAAGGAAGGGGAACCCUUUUGGGAGAGCCCUUGGGGGCCUGGAAGGCCUGGAUGGCACAUAGAAUGCAGUGCCAUGAGUGCAGCUUAUCUCGGUUACACUUUUGACAUACAUGGUGGAGGCAUGGACCUUGUCUUUCCCCACCAUGAAAAUGAGAUUGCUCAGAGUUGUGCUGCUUGCAGCAACAGCAACAUCGGCUACUGGAUUCAUAAUGGCUUUGUUACUGUCGAUUCUGAGAAAAUGUCAAAAUCGUUAGGGAACUUCUUCACAAUCAGAGAGGUUAUAGACCUUUAUCACCCACUUGCUCUGAGACUCUUUUUAAUGGGAACCCAUUAUCGCUCUCCUAUCAACUACUCUGAUUUCCUGCUCGAGAGUGCUUCUGAACGUGUUUUUUACAUAUAUCAGACGUUACAAGACUGCGAAAGCGUUCUGGAGAAGAGUGGUUCGCCUCUUGAAGAUGAUUCAGUCCCAUCUGACAUUUUGAAUGGCAUCAACAAGUUCCAUAGUGAUUUCGUUGCCUCAAUGUCAGAUGACCUUCACACACCCGUAACUCUGGCUGCACUCUCAGAACCCUUGAAAACAAUCAACGAUCUGAUUCACACACGAAAGGGGAAAAAGCAAGCGAGAAGGGCAGAAUCACUCGGGGCUCUAGAGAAGACGAUAAGGGAAGUGCUCACCAUCUUAGGGCUAAUGCCUGCAAGUUACAAAGAGGUUCUGCAGGAACUACGAGAGAAGGCUCUGAAGCGAGCUGGAGUGACAGAGGAACAAGUCCUUGAGAGAAUCCAUGAAAGAACGGACGCGAGGAAGAAGAAAGAUUACGUGAGAUCUGACGUCAUUAGAAAGGAACUGGCCGCUCUUGGGAUCGCCCUGAUGGACAGUCCCGACGGCACGGCUUGGAGACCGGCCAUGCCCCUUGCGCUCCAAGAAAACUCAGACUCAGCUUGAAAGUUGCCUUGCUGAUAACCACCAUUAUUUAUUUUGGGUUUUGUAUGUUUAAUACUGGAUGAGCUUUUCAAUUAUUAAAACUCCGAAGAUGAGAAAAUAAAAAUAUUAUAUUCAUAUCAA